UAUCGUGUUCCGGUCCAGCACUACUCAAAUCGCAUUUAAAUGUUAAAACGCUGGCAAAUCUCAUUAGCUUAAGGUUAUAUUUAGUUUUCGAUUAAGUGCAACGGAAAGUCACCCCUCCCCGCCCGCGGACCCAGCUUCAGUUAUUUCGUUUUAAAUUGCAAUACACUCCCGCCCACGCACUUCUAUUGUCGUUGCUACUGCUGUGUCGUUGUUGUCGUUCGCUAGUGCUGCUUUGUUGUUGUUGGUGCAAGGACAAGUGACGUCCUUCGAAAAAGGCGCAACAAUUUACCCCGCGCAACAAGGUGUUUUCGGGGGGUGGCGGGAAAAUCAAUAAAUAGCAAAGAGCAAGUGCAUACACAAGUGCUAUUCGCUGUGCACCCAGCUGUAAAAAAAAGCCAGCUAAACAAAAGAAAUUUGGCCCAAAAAGAAAGAAAAAGAAAAGGGUAGCCCAUUAUUAUGGACGAGGAUAGCGAUAAUGAUGUUGUCACCGAUUUCUUGAACUCCAACUGCAGUGAAUCCUCGGAAGCGGUGGUCAAUGGUGUGGGGGUCUCGAUUGAAAGUCAGAACUACUGCAUACCGGUGAUAAACGCACCUGCUCCUGCUCCCGCUUCUGCUAGUGCUUCUUGUACUGGUCCUGCUCCCACAUCCAAUCCUGCUAGCAACAUUAACAACAACAACAUGAUACCCACAAUCAAUGUUACACCACACAGUCCAGCCUUGGCCUCCAAAUACAACAACAUAUUCGAGGACACGCUCUGCCAGCUGCAGAAUAUCCGGGAAACAGUAGUCCAGAUGAAGAACUCCUCCUCAACCACUCAACACAUGCAGGAUGGUAAUUUGGCAAAUCAUGGACUACUCAACGCGGCUUUGCUGAGUGCCUCGCUGCCCGAUCUUACGGGCGCGGGAACAGGGCCCACCACUGCUGGUACCAACUACGCCAUGUGGACAUCGACGGCACCGCAACAGUGCCUGCUUCUCCACACGGACCGCAGAAAGUCCUGGACAGCUGUGGACGAUGCCAGUGGCGGUGGCGAUUGCACCAACAAGAGCGUCAGCCUGUCCAGCUUGGACAGCGAGGAGCAGGAGACCAUCCGCGUCACUGAGCAGCGGAGAAGGUCGGCGAGGAACAGCACUGGAGGCAUUUCCACCCACUCGCUGAACGAGGCGGAGUUGGCCCGUGACUUUGAGAGGAUUGCGGCCAAGCGGAGCCUGGCGACGGAAAUAAUCAGCCGGAUACCGCUGCAAAAGAGCAUAUCGACGAGCUCGAUUAUCGCCAAGGAGGACAUCAAGGCGAUCGCCCGUCACCUCACCGACAGCGAGGAUGAGAACCAAAGCCUGCUGCGCGCCCACGCAAAGAUCGAGGUCUACGACAACGUAGAGAAGCGGCCCAAACGAGGUUCCAUCUUCUUCCGCAAGAAGAAGCCCAAAGCGAAAACGAAGUCAUUAGUCGGGGGACAACUGAGUGCGUGCGACGUGUGUGGAGCGGCCAUCACACUGGCGCAGAUCAAGGAACACCACCUUGAGUGCAAGGUGAAGAAGAUGGCAUCGGGCCAGGACUUUUACGACGGGCCGGAUGCCAACACCUACAGCAAUCCGGAGGAUCAGCCGCUGAUACGUUCCGAUCUGCAGUUCCUCAACGAGCCGCCCAUCGAAGCGCAGGAUUUGGGUGCAGAUCCCGUUCUGGGCAUUGUGCUCAAGGAGCACGACUCGUGGACGCCCAAUGUGCCCAGGGAGCUGCUCAAGUCGCUCAAGGAGCUGCAGAUCAAGCGGCAGGAGCACAUCUAUGAGUUCAUCAUGACCGAGAAGCACCACUGCCAGACGUUGGUCGUCAUGCAGAAGGUGUUCGUGGAGAGUCUGGAGCGGCACUUCCCCUCGCUCAACCUGAACAGCAUGUUUCCGCGCCUGCAGCAGCUCACCGAUCUGCACACCUGCUUCCUGCGCCAGUUGCGGCUCAAGCAGCGGGAGCAGCCAAUGGUGGACAGCAUCGCGGACAUUCUGUUGGACUUCUUUUCUCUGGAGCAGGCGCAGUGCUUGAGGUUGGCCUACGGCGAGUUCUGCGCAAACCACCGAAGUGCUCUGGAUCAGUUCAAGCUCUGCCUCACCGAGCCCAGCUUCGCCGAGUGGUACAAGCACUGUCUGCAGAAUCCGUUGCUCAAGAAGAAGGGCAUUCCCGAGUGCAUCCUGUUCGUUACCCAGCGCCUCACCAAGUAUCCCUUGCUGAUCGAACCGCUGCUGAAGAGCGCCAGGGACAACAAAUUGGAGACGGACAAGCUGCAGCAUGCCCUCAAUCUGGUGAAGUCCCUGCUGGUCGAUGUGGAUGCGUGUGUGGCGGAGAAGGAGUUACGCGAGCGACAGUUGGAGAUUUAUGGUCGCGUGGAUGCGAAAUCCUUUGCGAUCUACAAGAACAAACCCUUCCGCAAGACGGAGCUCGGCGUGGAGUCGCGACGUCGUCUGAAAUUCGAUGGAUUGGCCACCCUGAUGCAGGGCAGGGCCAAGACGCAGCUCGUCAUGGUGGUGGUGCUCACCGACUGCCUGUGCUUCCUCAGCGAGAACUCCGGCCACAACAAGUACUCCUUCUUCACCCCGGAACACAAAGCGGGUGUGGUGCCUCUCCAGAAGUUGCUCAUCCGCGAGAAGGCGGGCACCGAGUCCCGAGGGAUAUACAUCAUCAGUUCCAAUCCGGACUUCCCCGAGAUGUACGAGCUGAAGGUGCAGACGCCCAAGGACAAGAACACCUGGAUCCAGACCAUCCGGCAGGCGGUGCUCGACUGUCCAGCCACGGAUAUCAUCGAGGCGGAGGAUCUGACGGCGGAGGAGAAGCUGCGAAUUGGCGUCAACAAGAGGGAGACCAUCGAGAAGAUGCGACAGAAGGACAUCGAGCAGGCUCUCCUGCUGGAGGAGAAGCUGAUGCUCCAGUUUAAUCUGCUCAAGGAGCAGCAGCCCUUUGGAGAUGUUUCCGGCUCGAAUUCGAACAGCAGUGCAGCCAACUUCCUGGCGGCCUUUGGCUCCUACAAGGAUCUCGUCAGUGCCGACUGUGACACGGCCGAGCUGUGGCGUAGAGUGCUCAAUACGGUGCAGGACAUCAGCCAGCUGGCGUCCACAAUUUACACGGCGGCCACGGGACAACCGGUGUCCCGAACUUUCAGCAGCGUGGGCGAGAAGCAGAGCGAGCAGUACGCCUCACCCACAUUGCCCAAGCGGGCGGAAACGUUCGCCGGCUUCGAUGAGAAGCGCGGCAAGCUGGCCUCCAAACUGGUGCUGACGCCCCGUCUCCAGGAGCUGGAGGAGAAGCGGGAACCAAAGAGCGGCAGUGGCUCCGUGGCGGAACAGCCGCUGGAGAACAACUACGCCGUGCUGCAGGUGUCGCACCAUCUGCAGACCCUGCUCUGCAUCAUUUCGCAGCAGAUGACCACCAUCCACAACCUGCAAUUGCAGUUGGCCCUCUACCGGGAGAGUCCGCGAUCCAGUGCCUACACGCACAAGGAUCAGCUGGAGGAACUGCGCAACCUGCAGGACAAGCAGCAGGAGGAGAAGACCGCCUGGCAGCGUCAGCAGAAGCAGCAGCAGGAGGAGCUCGCCGAGAUGCGGGCCCAGCAGCUCAAGCUGCAGCAGGAGAUCAAGGCCGAGCAGGAGGAUGUGCGUCAGCAGCGGGAGCAGUUGUACCGCAAGAUGGAGCUGCUCUCCAGUCAGGGCCUGCUGCUCUCGCCGAGUACUCCGCUGCCUCCGGUGAACACCAACCAUCCCCUGCCUAUUUCACUGAUCGAUGACAACCAUGAGACGGACAACGGAUUUGUUGGCACGGGGAGCAGUACACCCAGUGUCGCUGGAACCGUGGAUCGCCGCAAGGAGAAGUGGCUGAGUGGUCCAUCCAGCUGCAAGACGCCGCCGGUGAACCUGCUCAGCGCCAACAAUGCACCGAAAGCCAACUCCACGUUGGUGAAACAGAAGCUGCCCAUGAAGCUCUCCUCGCUCUCGUCCAGCGGCAGUUCCAGUUCUCGCGUGGACAAGUCGGCCAGCUUCAACAGCGCCUCUCCGGCGCCGUAUACCUCGUCCUCCGGCAGUGUGCAGCAGAUGUUUCCCCUCAAGCUGGGCGACCGGAGAACCAUUACCGCCACGCCCUCCAAUAAUACAACGACUCCAACGGGCCUGGUGGCGCAACACUCUCGAACAGGAAGCUCGCCGGCGAUCAUCCAGCAGACAACGACAACGACCACGACGACGCCCACUGCGGUCGCCGUAACCCGGACAGAAUCCGCCGCCCACUAUUCAAGAACACCGACGAGCAGCAGGACGGGAAUUGCCCGAACGACGGGAAUUGGCGUGGCCACCGGACAAGCUCCGCGAGCCAAGCCCGAGGAGGAGGAGAUCUACUUCUGACGCCAGUUCACGCCGGAAGUCGAAAUCUAAAUGCAAAUCCAUUUAAAACUAAGCUCGGUUUCCGAAUCCAUUCUGACUCUUCGAAAUUGCUCUCCCCUUCGGAAACCAGAACUUCCUUAAGCAAUUAAUCCAACAAAUACGAUCCAAAUGAAAUACAGGAAUUGGAAAUAUGUCUCCAUAUCUGAUCUGUUGAGCUGUACUUAACCCAUUCCAAAUGAUACUAUGCAUGUUUUCAUACUGCCCUUUUUAGGCUCAACAUCGUAUAUAUUGUCUUUAAUUUAAGCAAAAACGUACUGUACUUAAUGGUAUUUUCCACAGACUCGCUACCGUUCCAAUGCAUCUCAAACUGUUCAGUAAUUUAUUUAAAAAAUUAUUUAUUAACAAUUAUUUAUACAUAUACAUUUUAAAACAAUUGAACUUCUUGAAACAAAAAAAGAAAAAAACAAAAAUACAAUAUGUAUGAGUGUUUUCUAACGAAUUUUACUUCUUCCAAUAAAAAGAACCUAUUAUAUAUUUAUGAUAUAUGUAUCGAAAACGAAAAUGCAAUGUAAAAAGCGUUCAAGCGUUUAUCCAAAUUAGGUUUAGUAACACUUAUACAUAUGAUAUAUAUUUAUAGGCAUUAAUGACAUUCCACUGGGAGUGCCCGAACAUUUCAUUUUAAACCUGUUUCAAGUAUCUUUGACAUUCAAGUCUCGCUUAAAAAAGUUAUACAAGCUAUUUAUGGUAUAGUUUAAACACUUUGUACAUAAGUUUAUAUAACUGUGUGUAUUUUACAUUUCCGUUCCUCGCUAUAAGUGUUUAUGUACUGAGGGGAUACGCAGACCUGAUCCAAAUCCUUCUCAUCUACGCAAUAAUUUAAGCUCGCUCCAAUAAAUGGUUUAAAUUAUAAAUUCAG